CACGUCUUGCAAUCCACUCGGUCUCUCUCCGCGUCAGCAUCAUCAUAUAACUUCACAUUUGCCCUCUUUACGUCCCCAACCGCUAGCUGCAAGAGCAUUUUAGUCAAAAUUACAUUCACCGGCACUCGCAAUUCAUUAGGAAAGCCUGCACCGCUUCCAGACUUCAUUUCCGACCCAAUACCUCUUCCCCUUCUAUUGCUAGGGUUGGCGGUCCAACGGCAGCUGCCGACCCUCUCUUUCCGCCAUGUUGCAGUUUGAUUGGGCAUGAUGGAAAUUUGAUUGCUGCUGCAGGUGACACGCUCAUCUGAUGGUGCUGCAAAGGAACAUGAGCACAGAGUCAAAGGCUUUGAGAUUUUUGUUGGGGGUUUGGCUCGAAGUGUAACUGAGGGCAUGAUUCGAGAGGUAUUUUGUUCUUGUGGAGAAAUUUUGGAAGUGCGUAUGAUAAAAGAUCAGAAUGGCACCUCUAAGGGGUUUUGUUUUGUACGUUUUGCCACAAAAGAGGCUGCUUUUAAAGCCCGGAAAGAAAAAGAUGGAUCUAUGCUAGAAGGAAAAAAGCUUGGUGUUGCUCAAUCGGCAAAUCAGGACUCCUUGUUUUUGGGCAAUCUUCGCAAAGAUUGGAGCUUCGAAGAAUUUAAUAAAAUGGUUCACCAGGCUUUUCAAGACGUUGUGUCUACUGAACUUGCAAUGCCUUCAAAAACUGGAGAUUCUGCAGAUGGAAAGCGACAGAACCGAGGUUUUGCUUUUGUGCAAUUUUCCUCUCAUGGUGCUGCAGCACGUGCGCAUAGAAUUGGGUCAAAACCAGAUUUUGUGCUCGGUGAUAAAUGGCAUCCUAUUGUUGAUUGGGCUGAGAAGGAACCUGAAAUUGAUCCAGAAGAACUGGCGAAGAUUAAGGUAGCAUUUGUUGGAAAUCUUCCAAAAAAUACCGAUGAGGGUUAUCUCAAGAAACUUUUUGAGCCAUUUGGAAAGUUGGAAAAAGUGGCGCUAUCCCGGAAGGGCCACUUCCCAGUUGGAUUCAUUCACUUUGCUAAGCGCUCAGAACUCGACAAUGCAAUCAAGGAAAUGGAUGGGAAAAUGGUCCAAGGGCCAGAAAAAGGUCCAAAAUUUGAGAUUCAGGUGUCAGUUGCAAGGCCUGCGGAAAAGGAUAGAAAGCGAGCUCGUGAUGAAUCUCAAAGCAAAACAGCUAAUAAGUCUGGAACUCGGGCUACAUCGUCUAAGGAAAUUUAUGCUCGUGAUUAUUCAGAUAAUCAUAAACCAAAAGCUCCACAACUGAAUUACUCAAGAGAGGUACCUGAUGCUAUUGAUCCAUAUGAAAAGGCUGUUGCUUCCUUACCUUCACCACUUACAGAACGUCUACUUCAGAUAUUUCGGCUGGGUAUUGCUACUCGAUAUGAUAUAGAUAUCCAUUUGAUAACUAGUCUCAAGGAACUUCCUUUAUCAGCAGCUACAUUGGUCCUUGAUCAGUUCAUGUUAACAUGUGCAGAUGGGUAUGAUAAAGGAAGAGACCUGGCUGGGCUAAUAGCUAGGCACCAGAUUUAUAACGUGGGAUUGAAUCGGAAACCGCUACAUCUUCCUGGAAGAACAAGGGAUUUUGAACCUAGGGAAUCUGAGCUGCCCAGUUUACCAGGUCGAAAACAUGUGCCAGCCUUUGAUCCAGUUGUGUCACGGUCUGCAGGCACUGCCUUAGCUAGGUACGAAAGUUACACACCAUCACCAAGACUACACCCAUAUUCCUCAUCAUUUAGGGAUGAUCCUUUACCACAUCGGGCUGGAAUUGGAAAAGUGGGAGAAAUGGGGUCGCUCUCCUCUUAUCGAACGCCACCUCCCUUGGGUCAUGGAAGCAUGGGAUCCGAGUCCCGCCAUGGCCCUGCUGCUGACCGUCCCCCAGAGCGCCCACAGAUGAAGUUUGAUCCUUUUACCGGCGAGCCUUACAAGUUUGAUCCCUUCACUGGUGAACCCAUACGUCUGGAGUCUUUCCCUCAACAUUCCAGGAGCCAUUUCUGAUAUGAUACUGAACUUUUUUGAGUUAGGGUUAAGAGUAGCUUGCUGUUUCUCUUUCCUGUUGUAUCAAAAGGACUAAUGGUUGAGUUAUAGAUGCAUGCAUUUCUUUGGGUUUUGAA